GCGGGUCGCUGCCUGGGGCCAUGAAAGCCCUGCGGAAGUUCCUGGGUGGGCACCCUGGAGCCCCCCCGGGGUUCGUUGUCCUUGGGAAGGGCGCCGGGUCCUGUGAAGGAGGUCUCAAGGCUAUUUCCUACGAGGACAUGAAGCAGUUGGUCACAGGAGGAAGGGCUUGGAUUUUUGACGUGCGGUCUCCUGGUGAAGUAGCCAACGGCCGCAUUGCCAACGCCGUUCAUAUUCCAGUGGCGGAAGUGGAGCAGGCCUUCAGGAUGGACCCAGAGGCGUUUAAAAUGAAGUACGGCGUGGCCAAGCCCCAAACGGGUGAAGAGAACUUGGUUUUCUACUGUCAGUUGGGCCUCCGUGGGGCCCGGGCCACCGAAAAAGCGAUCUCCCUCGGCUAUGCCAAGGCUCGCAAUUAUGCUGGAGGCUACAAGGAGUGGUCAGAAAAAGGAGGGAAGUGAAGCAUGGCAGGGGACCCAGAUUAUGAGCCCUGAGUCUCUGGGAAGGCUUGUCCCACCCUGAAGACGGGUCUGUCGCUUUGCUUCCUUUUCAGUUUUCUUCCCACACCCCAAAGUGGGAUGCUGAUACUUCCGUUGGCCCUCGUGGCUGAGCUGCAAAGACUCCUUAGAGCUGGGGGUCGUCUGCACUGGUUCUGUUCCCACCUGCUCCUUUCCCCAAAACCCAAAGUGAAUGUUUUCAGGACAAGGCAUCCUUGCUGCCACGCACCCUCCGUGGGCUGCAGUCGCUGGGACACCGCAUCGAUUGCGCCUUUUAGUUUUCUUAUUUAUUCACAGUUUGUGAACCACCCAGAGAGCUUCGGCUAUUGGGCGGUAUAGAAAUGCAAUAAAUAAAUAAAUGAAGAUCUGAACAG